CCUCCCACUGGAUAGAGUCCAAACAUAUGAUGUGAAUAAUCCACACACUUUUGGCUGUUCAAUAACAUCAUAUUCUAUAAAUAUAAUAUAUACUCCUCUUAUAUAUAGCAUGUGACUCUACAGUCCGUAUCUUAAUUUUCUCUUCCCUUAAAUUGCUGCUGCUACAUUAUUAAUAAUACUACAUGAAUAUGAGUACCCUUUGGCUAGUGCCAGUGGUACUCUAUGUUGGUCUGUGUUCAAUUAUUACAAAUUCAGUAGUAGCAAUAGAUGAUGGUUCAAAGAAGUGUGAUUUCUCAGCAAUAUUCAAUUUUGGUGACUCAAAUUCAGACACUGGAGGUCUUUCUGCUGCCUUUGGACAACCUGGCCCUCCUUUUGGGGAAUCCUUCUUCCAUCACCCUGUUGGUCGCUAUUGUGAUGGCCGUCUUAUUAUUGAUUUCAUUGCUGAAAAGUUGGGCCAUCCAUAUUUGAAUGCAUACCUUGAUGCUGUUGGAUCAAAUUUUAGCCAUGGAGCCAACUUUGCAACUGCUGGUUCCACCAUCAGACCUCAGAAUACAACCCUUCAUCAGACUGGUGGUUUCAGCCCUUUCUCUUUGGAUGUUCAAUUCAAUCAGUUCAAUGAUUUUCAGCGCAGGACCCAAAUUUUUCGCAAUAAAGGUGAAAUAUUCAAAACAUUGUUACCAAAAGCAGAAGAUUUUUCUCGUGCAUUAUACACAUUUGAUAUUGGUCAGAAUGACUUGACAUCCGGUUAUUUCCACAACAUGUCCAUAAAUCAAGUUAGAGCAUAUGUUCCUGAUGUUUUGGCUCAAUUCAAGAUCAUAAUCAAGAAUGUAUAUGUUCGUGGAGGAAGAUCAUUUUGGGUUCACAAUACUGGUCCUGUUGGUUGUUUGCCAUACAUAAUAGAUCUUCACAAAGUAAAAGCAGAUGAUUUUGACAAAGCAGGAUGUGCAAUUCCUUAUAAUGAAGUGGCUCAGUUCUUCAAUCAUGAAUUGAAAUCAGCUGUUGUUCAACUCAGAAAAAAACUUCCCUUGGCUGCCAUAACCUAUGUUGAUGUGUACUCAGCCAAGUACUCUCUCAUUAGUCAUCCAAAGAAACACGGUUUUGAGGAACCUUUGAGAGGUUGUUGUGGACAUGGUGGGAAGUACAAUUACAAUCUACACAUUGGAUGUGGAGCAAAGGUUAAGAUUAAUGGAAAAGAGAUUUUGAUUGGAAAAGCAUGCAAGGAUCCAUCUGUUUGGGUGAAUUGGGAUGGUGUUCAUUACACCCAAGCUGGUAAUAAAUGGGUGUUUGACCAAAUUGUAGAUGGUUCAUAUUCUGAUCCUCCUAUUCCUUUGAACAAGGCUUGUCACAAGCACACUUAACUCAAGGGUUUCUCAAAAAAUGUAACACUUUUUUUUUAACUGAGAGAAUCUUCUUUCUUAGUUUGUUAGGAUUUUAUUUGAGGAAUAAAAUUGAGAACAAGGCAUUUUGAGUUCUGCAUAA